AUGGGGAAAACAGUAAACAUUGUGUUGUCUCUGAGUGGUGGCUACUGGUGGAGCGAAAGACUUUCUUUGAGAUGGAGAAAAACUAGCUUGUUUGCCUGUUGGCUUUCAUUUUGUGCAGCAGAGACCUUCAUCACCUGUCCCUCCUCUUGCAAGUGCAACAGUGGUACCCUGGAAGUGGACUGUAGUGGUUUAGGCCUUUCAUCUAUCCCCUUGGACAUUCCAACUAGUACCAGGACCUUCCUCUUCCUUAACAAUCAACUCAGCACCUUGUCAGAACAAGCUUUUUCCAAUCUUUCUGCUCUCCAGAGACUGGAUCUUUCCAACAAUUUCUUAGAUCAACUUCCUGAGAAUGUUUUCAGGGACCUAGUUAACCUUACUGAACUACAGCUGAGGAAUAACAGCAUCAGAAGUUUGGACAAAGACCUGCUGCAAAACACUGUUCUUUUGCAUCAGUUGGAUCUCUCCAUUAAUGGACUUGCUCAAAUCCCCUCAGGCAUUUUUGAUGACCUGCCUUCUCUUCGCUGGCUUUCCCUCAGAUCAAACCGCCUGCAGAAUUUGGACAGGGUAACUUUUGAGCCAUUAAUCAGCCUGCAACAAUUACACGUGGGAGAUAAUCCCUGGGAAUGUGACUGUAAUCUGAGAGAUUUUAAAUAUUGGAUGGAAUGGUUCUCUUAUCGAGGAGGAAAGAUAGACCAGCUGGCAUGUACUUUGCCUAAGGAGCUGCGGGGGAAGGAUAUGCGCUUGGUACCCAUGGAGAUGUUUAACUACUGUUCCCAGCUGGAGGAUGAGAACAGCUCUACUGUGCUGGACAAUAUUGGUCCUCCUUGCACUAAGGGAAGCCAAACUGCUCCCAAACCCAAAACAAGUCCUGAAACAGAAGAGGAACCCAGUGUGGGUUGUCCCCAGAAGCAAAAGCCACGGCCCAUCAGUGUGCGUCGAGCCAUUGGCACAGUCAUCAUUGCUGGGGUAGUUUGUGGCAUUGUGUGUAUCAUGAUGGUGGUGGCGGCAGCCUAUGGAUGUAUCUAUGCAUCUCUCAUGGCUAAGUACCAUCGAGAGCUGAAGAAGAGGCAGCCAUUAAUGGGUGACACGGAGGGAGAGCACGAGGAACAAAAACAGAUCUCCUCUGUGGCCUGA